CGCUGCGGUUGCGCGGUGCGUGCCAUCUUUUAGGCUCGUGGAGCGCUUCGCUGGCUCUCUGCUUUGGGCGAAUUUUAUCCAGGCCCACCAUGUGGAGCGGAAGGCAGGGUCGCCUCAGACCGGUGGGCUGCGUGGUAGAGGAGCUACGGUGCCGCCGACGGGAGCGGGAGGCAGCACUGCGGAAGGCGCGGAGGGAACAGCAGCUGAUCAGUAAGAGACUGCUGAGAGACGACGCGUCGGAGGAAGCCGAAGGGGGAUGUGUGGCCAUGAUCCUUGGGGAAACUGAGAUCCAGCAUUUCCUACGAUUAGCACAACAGGGGACAGAAGAAAAGGAGAGAGAGAGGGCUCUGGUCAGCCUUCGUCGAGGCUUGCAGCACCCUGAGACGCAGCAGACCUUCAUCUGGCUGGAGGGCAGCAUGCGGACCUUGGUCGGGCUUCUGACCAGCAACCAAGCCCUGUUGCAGCUUGAGGCCGCUCGGUGCCUUCAUGAGCUCUCUCAUUCUGAACAGUCUGCGGUGGCUGAGGCCUGCCUGCCAGCCACUUCCUACCUUCUCACCUACCUCUCCGGUCACAGCUCAGACUUUAUAGAGCUCUGUCUGUAUACACUGGGUAACCUGAUUGUGGAGAGUGAGGCUGUGAGAAGGCAGCUCCUGCCACAGGGCAUUGUUCCAGCCUUGGCUGCUUGCAUCCAGUCCCCCCAUCUGACUGUGCUGGAAGCCCUUGGAUAUGCCUUAUCCCAGCUUCUGCAAGUUAAGGAAGCUCCAGAGAUGAUCAUCCCCUCCGUCUUGGGCUCCACUCUCCCUGAGCACAUCCUGCGACUGUUGCAACCUGGUCCAAAGCUGAACCUUGGGGUUGCUGUGGAGUUUGCCUGGUGUCUGCACUAUAUCAUCUGCAGCCAGGUCGACAAUACCCUGCUUAUCUCCCAUGGGGGUCUGUCCACUCUGGGGUUGCUGCUAUUGGACAUGGCUGGAGUUGUCCAGAGAACAGAGGAUACAGGACUGGAGCUGCUGGCAUGUCCUGUGCUUCGGUGUCUAAGCAACUUGCUAACAGAAGCGGCAAUGGAGGUUGUGGGAGGGCAAAAUCAGCUUGAAGACGAGCGUGUUGUGGCUGCCUUAUUUAUCCUUCUGCAGUUCUUCCUUCAGAAACAGCCCAGCCUACUUCCUGAGGGCCUCUGGCUCCUUAACAACCUCACUGCAAACAGUCCUAGUUUCUGUACCUCCUUGCUCUCCAUGGAUCUGAUUGAGCCCCUCUUGCAGUUGUUGCCAGUUUCUAACGUGGUGAGCAUAUUGGUCCUCACAGUUCUGUGCAACGUGGCAGAGAAGGGUCCUGCUUACUGCCAACGUCUGUGGCCAGGGCCCUUGCUCUCCUGCUUGAUUGGUACACUGGCCUUCCCUGACAUUGAGGUAGUAGGCCAGAGUUUAGAGCUGCUGCAAUUGCUGUUCCUCUACCGGCCAGAGGCUGCUAAGGAUUUUCUGCAGCAAUCAGGGCUGCAGGUCCUGGAAAGGCACCAGGAGGAGGCCCAGCUCCAGGAUCGUGUGCAUGCUCUCCAGCAGACAGCUCUUCACCAGUGACCUUUUUGAUGUCAUUCUACUCAUCACCACCACCCUACCCUUACCCCAACUUUCUUGCCUAUGGAUCCCCCUUUGAGGUUUUAGAACCGUAAUGGUAUCUCCUGCUCUCUGCUCCUGUGUCUAAGCCAAGACUUUCAAAGCUCAGCUCUUCUUUGACUCAGAACUGUCCAUAUAGGACCAAAGGGGACUUGAUGUGGGCCUGGAAUCACCCCCCCCCCCCCCCCCCGCCGCCAUUAGCAGCUCGUGGUUUUUGAAGGGACAGAAUAAAGUUUUAUUUUUACAUUAAA